AUGACCGAAGGCAAGAGUCGGGGUCCAGAGCUCGCCAGCGUGUUCACCGCGCUGAUGGUGUUCGCCAUCGUCACGGUUGGCCUGCGGUGCUACACGGCCGUGUUUAUCCUCAAGCGAUUCUAUGCCGAGGACUGGCUCUCAGUCGUGACGCUCGCUACAUAUGUUGCCUAUUCGUUUUGCGGCUUGAUGGCAAUCCACUUCGGGCUCGGCAACCAUGUUCACAACGUUCCCAUGUCACAGCAUCCCAAGGCACUCUUCUGGAAGUACAUGGGCAAGUGUUUCUACGUGCUGGUCGCCGUCCUCGUCAAGUGGGUCGUCGGUCUCCUCCUACUGCGAAUCUGUUCGCACCAGCGAUGGCAGCGCAACACCAUUCGGACGCUCUUGGCUAUCAUCACUGUCUUCAACGUGUUCUACAUCUUCACCGUUAUCUUCCAAUGCUGGCCCAUUCCCUACUACUGGUACAUCUACACCCCGUCCGAACACAACCGGAUCAAGGGCUCUUGCAACAGCCACCCCCUAGCCACGAUACCUACCUACGUCAGCAUGGCGCUGAAUGUCGUGGCGGACUGGACUCUCGCCCUGCUGCCAGUAUCCGUGGUCUGGAAAUCGAGCAUGGACCGCAAGACCAAGGCAUCUGUGGUUGGCAUCCUCGCGAUCGGAUCCAUAGCAUCUCUCGCCACGGUCACUCGCAUCCCGUACGCGCGACAGCUCCUCGACAAACCCGACUACCUCUACAACUUCACCGACCUCGCCAUCUGGUCGACGGUCGAGAUCGGCCUCGGCCUCGGCGCCUCCUCGCUCGCGACCCUGAAGCCCUUCUUCCGCCAGCUCAACAUCCUCCUCGAGACUCGCCUGCCGAGCUUAUUCACGAACAGCAACAACGCCAGCACCGGCACCAGCAGCCUGGAACGCUCCUGGAAGGCCCGCAAGCGGUCCAACCCGCUGUCGACGGGCCUGUCGGGCACCUUCACCGAGAUUGGGGACGAGGAGCGGGAGCUGGACAUGCUGCCGUCGAAAUCGUCCGAGGCGGGCAUCGGAGGGGCCAUACCGCCGUCGCAUCACGCUCCCGUUAUCAUCACCCGGCCGCUGGCUUCGCACCCGGUAUCGCCCACGCGGCACGAUUUCCACGACUUCCACGCGUCCUAA